UAGACUAGUCAAUCGUCUGUCAGUUGGUGUGUAGUAUGUGUAACGAGCAUGACGAUAUCGGGAUAUUGGCGAUUUUAACUUAGCCAUGGCGAAAUACGUAAGAUCUUAGAUUUGUAACGGUUUUGAAACCGUAACCACGAGGGCUACAUAAUGCUGAGUUACAGACGAAGCCAUUCAGUGAUUAUGUGUUUUUGAAAUGGAUGGUAAGAGGAGAUUGGAGUUAUUGGUUUAAAGUGUUGUUGUUACUAACAUCUUUAAAUAGCAUUAUUUAACAUGGAAUAACGGUUCUGUGUGUUCUAUUAUAGCCUACUACUCGCUGCAGUUCAAUUGUGUUUCCGUUAGGUCUGACACAAAACGUCAGCUGUCAGUGAAAAAUGGAAUCAGAGGACGUGAGUGCACGUGCUACUGGUUCGGGUUCUGAUACCCUUCUGGUCUUGCAACCCAAAUCAUUUCGAUCUUUUAAUAAUAAAGAUGAAUAUUUAUUUGCCAUGCGAGAAGAUCUGGCAGAUUGGUUUACUUGUUUGUAUAAAAUUGAAAUAAAUGGUGACAUCUUUUUCGAAGUCAUAGAAACAGGAAUUUUACUCUGUCACCAUGCCAACGAAGUUAUAAAUUUCACAAAAGAGCGACGUGAAAAAGGAAUAGAAAUUGUGAUGAAGUCGUAUUUUGUGACCAAAAUCCCAGAGGAUUUAAUUCAGUACAAAGAAAAUGUUAAACCAGGGUCGUUUCUGGCCCGCGACAAUAUUUCGAAUUUCAUAUCUUGGUGUCGUCUGCUUGGUAUCCCCGACGAUCUCCGCUUUGAAACGGAGGAUUUAGUUACUAGAAAAAAUGAGAAAAGUGUGAUUCUGUGUUUGUUAGAAGUAGCGAGAGUUGGAGCCAAACUUGGAAUGUUGGCGCCGACCAUUGUUCAGAUGGAAGAAGAAAUUGACGCGGAGUUAGCAGGGGAACCUCCCGCUCAAAUAAUAACCUGUGAUCUCAAAUCAUUGGAUGAAAUGGUGCGACAUCUUGUAGGGUUUUGUUCGUGUCCGAUUCAGUUUCCCAUGAUAAAAGUUGGAGAUGGAAAAUAUCAAGUUGGUGAAUCAAGAACACUUAUCUUUGUCAGGAUUUUACGGAAGCAUGUUAUGGUUCGAGUUGGCGGUGGUUGGGAUACGUUAGAGAGGUAUCUGGACAAACAUGACCCAUGUAGAUGUCAUUAUCCAGGACAUAGACCCACUACACCUGGAAAUCCAGGUCAAAAAUCUCAAACUCGAAGAAUGAGUACACCAAAUGUCGGUCCAACAGCAAACAGCAUUACCUCCCCUAGACGUAUGUCAGCAGCCAACACAGCACAGAGCACGCCCAAUAAAUCAUCCAGUUCGAACGCCCGGAGCAAGUCAACAAGUCCAGGUUCACGAAGAUUACCCAAUUCACAACUUUCAACGAUUCCACAAAAUUCUGAAACAUCCCAAAAUAAUGUUCGAUCUCUGAUGAGUCGUAGAAGUCAUUCUCCAGGACCCAUUCCUAACAGAAGCCAUUCGCCAGGACCUGGAGUUGUUCCCCCUUCCAGGUCCCUACCACAGACCCCAGGUAAACGUAAUGGUGUAAGAAGAUCAUCUGGUACAUGUUCACCAGCCCCCAGUAAACCCCAGCCUCUCUCUGUCAGAUCCAGUAAUACCAACAGAGUUCCAAAACGACAGAAGUCUUUAGACGCCAUAGAAACAGACGACAUGGAGACGGAGAACGGUGAAAAGAUAACUCUUGAUGAGAUAAAAACAAUGACCUUGGAGGAUUUUAAGAAUCUCCUCAACUCUGCUCUUUCAGUCCCCACAAACCCCACAUCCCAGUGUUCUGAUUCCCCGCGAUCCCAAGAAAGUUCAGACAGUUUCAGAAAUCAAACUAAAACAUUUGUGCGCCAUGCGAAAGACUCCGAAAAAGGACCAUCUUGGAGAAGUGUGCGUGAGAAAGCUCGAAAUGUCUGUGAUUCUGCUUCAACGAGAAAUUACCAAAGGAAUAUGAAUAAUAAUAAUUCUCAUAAUAAAGACAAUUCUAGACCCAAGACCCCUACCUCCAACUAUCGUCCUAAAACCCCCACAUCAGGAAUAAAGUCUGCCUAUUCUCGCCCUAUAACGCCUACUAGUCGUCCUAAAACCCCAUCGUCAUCAGCACGAUCUAGUGAAGAAGAUUUAACUUACCGAGGUUACAUCAGACCCAGAGCUCCAUCUAAAGCAUCUUCAUUUUCUAGUCUUGAUGAUGAGGAUGCUGCAGAGGUAGCUGAUAUAAAUGGUUGUGGACUUUCUCGCAGCUCUAAGGAAUCUUCUCCUGCUGAAAGUGUGGACAGAAAUCCGCCAAUGAGGUCUCGUACACCUGGAAUAUCUGGUAUCCCACGACCGUCGACUCCUUCAGGAAUUCCAAGAUCAAUAACUCCAGCAUCAUCUUCAAAACCUUCAACCCCUUCGAUGGCACGGAAGCAUAGCCUUCCAGAUGGAACUCAGAGACGUGUAUCUUUGACCAGACCCACCACUCCUUCUGAGAAACCUGACAAAACUUACACAGGAAUGUACCAAGCUAGAAGAUCAAAAACUCCUGGCCCAAAUCAAGAGAGAUCCUAUAUUCCUGGUGGAAAUAGAUCCAUAACCCCUGGUCCAAGAGAAUCUUGGUCAAAGCCCCCUGUCAGUGGUAGCAACCAAGCGGAUGGUGAGCGAAGAAAUAGAACAGUUUCUCGAAGUCUAGAUUUUAACAGACAAAGAUCAAAAAGUGUUGUAGAUGUUCGAUUAGAUGAGGAAAGUCCCUUAACAGUAAAAAGUGAUCAGAUCAAAGAUGCUGCUGCAGCUGCUAGCGAAGAUUCACGAUCAAGAAUGAAGAGUAAGAUCCUUGCUCUGGCAGAGAAGAGGCAAAGAUCCAUAAGCACUGGUCCAAAGAAAAGUCAGGACUCAGCAGACAAGAAAACAGUUCUGAUGAUCACCAGAGGCAAAGGUGGAGGUCAUUCAAUAACAGUGGAAGAUAAUGGAGAGACAACAUACAAAUCUGGCUGUCCAGGAACUCCAAAAGCUAAUAGAGCUUCACUGGUCAAUGGUAAUGCUGAAAGGUAUCGCCAAAGAUCCAAAACACCAGAUCCCAGGUUGACCAAUGCUAGAACCAGAAGUGUUGAACCAAGAUCUAUUAUGGCAAGACGUAAUUCUGAUGAACCUUCAGCACAGUCUGUGAGCAAGAGAUUGGAAGCAUGGGUCGAUUCAACUGUAAAUGAAAAUAAGCGUAAAAUACCUCCCAGACCCAAACGCUCUAUGACGCCAAAUUCUCUUGAGUUCACUGAGAAGGACUUGGAACCAAGACCAUUUGAGGAGAUAAAAGCUGCACUGGAAAAACCUGUCAAUGGAGUGGUUGAGGAUCAAACUGUUCUAGCACCUCCUCCUGAGGAUCCCGAAAUGUUCAUGAAAAUGGAAAAACUUUUUGCUAAAUAUCGUGAAAUGGAACUUCAGGCAUCUGAAAGUCAAAUUCCUGGAAUGAGUUCUCUUGCUGUUGAUGUUGUUGAUCAUGAAGGUGAUGUUUUAACAAAUGAAUCGACAAGUAUUUUAUCUUCCAAGUCAAACUCUUCACCAUCCUGUCCCUCUAAUAACUUUUCAUGGACAAACUCGGGAAGUUCAAGGUCUAGUGGUUCACCUGGACCAUCAGCAGCAGCUGCUAAAAAUGCUGCUAACCUCCAUCUUCACCAAAACAUGACAUCGACUCCAAUUGCCAACUCUACAGAGCCCAAGUUAGGGCUGGAAGAUCUAAACUCUAGUGCUGCCUUGGUCUCAAAAAUGAAAGAGGUUUUAAAAGUUCGUCCCCGAACUGAACCAAAAUCAGGACCCAGGACACGGAUUCCUGCCCCAGCAAUGGUUAAAAAUCAGAGAUCUAAAUCAAUCACUAAUUUGAAUCUAAGUUAUGAUUGUGCUGCAUCAAAUGAAUCUAAAACAGACACUGACAGUGCAUAUGAACAAUCUGUGACAGAAUUCUCUGAAGAUACUGAUGAACUGUCCGAAGUUUCUCAAUUAACAACGAAAUGUUGUGACGAUUCUGUGUUGGAUGUUAAUCGGUGCAAAACCCCUGUUCCUAAAUUAGCGACUCCACUAACAACGGGUCGAUCCACUGUUAUCAGCAACACAAACUCGACUUCAAGGCUGGUUCGUGCCGUGUCUCAGGAACCUGUCGAUCACAGUCGGUCAAAUUCUUUGUCUUCGUUAUCCAGUCGUUUAUCUUUAUCCAAUGCUGAUGAUGAUAUGGACUAUGUGUGACAAACUGCUGGAUUUCAAAUAUCUAAAUGUGCUAAUACUAAUCGUGAUAUCAAAUAGAAAUGAUUAAUAUAUAUAUUGCAUUUAAUCGUAUAUACCAGGUGAUGAUGUUUGUGUUUGUGAAAUUUUUUAAACUUUCAUGUUCAGGCUUUUUGUGUUCAGCAUUAGAAAAUUUAAAAUAUUUCUUAAUGAUGUAUUAUACAAGAGCUAAAUCUGCCUAUUGCAGGUCUUUCUUUAGGCCUUAAAUGUUAUCUCAAUUAUUAAUUAGACAUUAAUUAACAUGGCAAGACCAUAAUCAACUCUCGAUGCCAUCUGAUGGGUCUUAUUUUUUAUUAGAUUUGAAUCCAAUCUGCAGUUCUAUGGCUGUUGAUGAUUAACCAUAAAAAUGGAUAAUCAAGACUUUGUUUAUUAUCGUAACAAUGGUAACAAUGACAAUCAAGGCUACAGUGUUUUUUAAAUUACCGGUAGUAUUUCUCGGCUCAGAGUUAAAUAAUUUGACUGAAAUCAUCUGCAUAUUCCCGUUCUUUACCUAAUCUUCAAUAAUGCCCAUUUAAAUUUUCACAUUUCAAAUAACCAGAAUUCUCUAAAGUCUAAACCCAUUUUCUACAAAAUUCAUGCUUGAUCCUGUUUUUACUAAGGUACAAUCUGACUUGUAUUUUAAUCAAAAAUGAAUUAUAAUAGACAUUACUCUAUCAUAAACUUAGUUGGUAUCCAUACUUCAGAUCUGAUCAUUUUUUUUAUGACUUGUUAGGGUUUGGUUUAAGUAAAUUCAAAUUAUCCAGUUUAUUAGUAAACAUUUUUUAGGCUAAACCAAUCUAUUUUUUUAGGCUAAACCAAUUUACUUUUUAGGCUAAACCAAUUUACUUAUUAGGCUAAACCAAUUUAAUUUUUAGAUUUUUUGGGAUCUUGAUAAAUAAAAACAUAUUUGUUUCUUGUGAACAAUAUUUUGUUUAAAAUUUCUAAAUUUUAAAUUUUAAACUAAAACCGUUUAAGAAGAUCAGCCGAAUAUAUAUUUUGUUUAUACAUUAGGUUUUUUUUCGUCAGAAGAAAUAGAAAGCAAAAUUCUUAAUAGAUUUUUCCAAAGAAUACAAAUUCAAAUAGGUGAGGCUUUAUGAUGGUUCAGUGUUUAAAUAUGAAAUUUGAUUUAAAAAUACACAAUAAAAUAGGCCUGUGUAUUGAUGCUAUGUCUAUUUAAUAUGUCCUAGUUUAUGAUAUUUAUUACUAUGCAUUUACCCACUGUCUACCUGUGGUAUAUUAUAUAUAUGUAAUAAUAUUUAUCCAUUAUAUUAACAGGUGCUUGUUUAAUUACAUACAUAUAUACUGUAAGAAGUUAGUGUUAGUCUCAGAUUUAUAGUGUGAAUACGACUCUAAACAUCAUUCUUCAUAUAAAUAGAAGUUCAAGCCAGGCCUCUUGUUUAGAUCAUGUUAGCUGGUCUUGACAGGAUGGCAAUGAAAAUGACCAACAUGAGAAUUUAACUGUCAGUCAUUUUACAAGCCAUAAUUUAAGUCAUUUCAAAGAAUUUAAACUUAGAACACUGUUAAAUGUAUAAUUUUUAUGUGUAACAGCUCAUCAGAAUUGAAUUAUAUAAUUGAAACAAUGCUAGUAAUUUUAAAAUUAUUUGAUAUGCGAAAAAUUGGCUGGCAGGUUAAAUGUUAAAUGGAGAGUGACACCUUCUUUCUACUCUCCUUAUAAAUAGAGUUAUAUAUCAACCUCCAUUAUGUGUGCGAAUAUAUGUUCAUUUGCCUUUUUAAUAUCUUAAAGCAAUACUGUCAUGAAUGGCGAUAAAUUUAUAUUUUUUGUUCCAUUCAUAAAAUAAACAAGUUCUGUUUUCAUUUACUUGUAUAUGACUGUAGCUAAACCUUUCAAGCUGAAAUUAAUGUCAUGAAAUAACUCCUUACAUUUAUUUUUGUCCUUCUUUUUUUAGUAAUAAUAAUUUUUUAUUCCGUCCAUUUUGUUUUUAAGGCCAUAUUUUAGUUUGUAGAUUAGAGCAGUUAAAUAACAAAUAGAUUGGUUUAAUCAAAGACACUUUAUCUUAUUGUCAAUUGUUAUUAAAAUCAAUUGAUUGGAUUCUGUCGGCAUAGAAGAUCCCAAAUCCCAGAAUUUUGUUUAUUUUAAAUCAAACAACGGCUUUAACUUGAUUAUUUAGAGAACAUAUUAAACUGAUUAUUAUUUCAAGAUAAUAAUAAUAUUUAAAAAUGGUUAAUUUCAAGAUGAUCUUGUAACUUACAUUAAUAGUAUAAUCCUAGCUCAUUAAUAUUUCCCCAUCUUUUUUAUUCCUAUGCUACGCUCGGGCCUGUUGAAACAAAAUUCAUAUUAAGAGACCUGUUACUGUAGCGAGCCAAAAUGUGGUUCCUUCAGCUAACAAACAAAUAUUUGAAAAUUACUAAGCGGGGAGGGUGGGGAUCUAACAGGCCUGACCUGCAUAUCGACCUAAAUGCUCCAAAUAUUGUUAUAUCUAUUUUGUAUUUUUGACGUGAGAACUCAGUCGUGUAACCAGGGCUAUCAUAUCGGUCAUACAUACUAAAGUAUGGCUAUCUGUCUACAACUGGCUCCUCUUGAGAACAAACACAAAAUUGGAUAGGCAACAUUUUAAUUACUAAGCAUACUUCAAGAAUUUGACAAAUCUUUAUCCACUUAUGAAUAAAGUAAUCGUUAAGGUUUAUUUAGUUUUUGUGUGUAUGACAGAUGUGAAACGGAGUAGAACCGCAUUACAAAAUAGUAUAUUAACUUUUGGAUAUGGUGGCCAUUCAGGGCAGAGAUAUAUUCUUGGGAUAAAAGUUUUCACAAAGUGUUGGCCCUAGUUUGCAUUCAAAGAUAUUUAUAUAGAUAUGUUCAAUUUUCUUUUGCUCCAAACUUACAUUUAUUUUGAUAUUCUUUAUCUAUAAAUUUAUCAUUUUUUAGUCCAUGAUAUGAUAUUCAUUUUUAUUAUUAUAACUUUUUUUCAUUUUACAUACAUUUAUUCUGUGUACCCUGUCUGUAUAACUAACUUUUCCAAACAUUUUUUUCUUAAUUUUCUGAUCUACCCUGAACUUGUGGUUGUCAUUGAUUAUAAUACUUUUGUCCAAAAUCCUACUUAACUUGAUAAAAAAAAUAAGCAAAGGUCUUUCCUGCCUUACGUUUUCAUGUAAAUUUUAGCUUUAGAAGUUCUAAGUUUUAAUGCAGAUUUGGCUCUGUAAAAAUACAUAUAUUAAAGAUUUAAAUGUUAAGUCCAAAAAAGGGUUAUUUUUAGCUUAAGAGUGUAGUCAAAAUAGAGUUAUUUCCCUUCACAGGCAGUUUAUCAUAGUUACUGGAAAUUACUGUAUAUUUAGUUAUACAAUGUAGAUGCUUUUCAAUAGUUAAUAUUGCACUAUAAUUGUUAUUUAAUGAGAAAAAAAACGGUUUGGAAUUUAAGACAAGUUAUCUCCCUUUAUUUUGUUAAGAAUUAAUCUAUAAUUUAAGCAUUCUUAUGAUAUUCUAAUAUCAAGUUAAAUUUCACCAAAAGGCCUAUAGACAUUGUUCCCUUUAAUUUUUAGUAGUCAAUGUUCACAAAAUUUUAUUGUAUAAAUUUUAUUCAAGUGACAAUAAAAAUAUGUGAGUAAGAUAUUUGUACAAAUGUAAACUUGAAAUUGUUUUAAGAUAACUUUGGCACAGCCUAUAUCUUAUGCCUGAUAAAACUGUAUUGGCAACAGUGACCCUUUUUAGGGUGAUGUGGCAGUAUCUCAAAACCAGAAUGUGGCCUAGGAUUAGUGCACAUAUAUAUAUAUACAUUAAUUAAUUAAUUUCCAGUGUGUGUUCAUUGCAAAAUGUGUGUGUACGCAAGUAUGCACAGAUUAGAGGGAACAGUGUCUAUAAGCUAAUUAUACAUGUCUAUUUACAACAACUAUUGACUUUCACUUUAAUUAUUCGCAGGGCAUGCUUGCAAAUAAAAUGAUUUUGGAAUGUCUCUUGAAAAUAUUAUAUUAAAAGUUAUAAGUAUAUAUAGCCAAUAGAUGUUCAAAUAUAAAUGUUGGAGUUGUCUACCCAUUGUUAAGAAUUUAGUUUAAGUUGGUAGCCAAUAGAUGUCCAAAAUCAACUUUUUAAAUGCUAAUAAUGAUAAAAAUAACUUUGAUGUGUAAUCAACGUUAGCGCUGGAAUUGUCUCCCCUUUGUUAAGAAUUUAGUUAAAGUUGGUAGCCCUGAGAUGUCCAAAAUCAAUUUUUUAAAUGCUGCUAAUAAUAAGAAUAACUUUGAUGUGUAAUCAAUGUAUAACUGAAGAAGAUAUAAGACAUUGAUUGUUGACGAUUUGUACUGAUGUUAGUGAGAUAAUGAAUUAUGUAUGGUAAAAAAAAUUAGGAGGAAAUUUGCUUUGUUAGUUUCCUAUAUAUGCAAUAUAAAAAAAAAGAGGAAAGUAAGGGUAGAUAACUUUUAAUACUUUUCGAAUGAGUUAUUUCCCCUUAUGGUGUUUAAAACCAUUCCACUGCUAUCUGUGAUGAUGUGAUGAAAGUUCACUAUUUAUUUAUUGUCAGUAUAAUAAUAACGACAAUUGUAUAUUUUGAAAAGAUAAAUAAUAAUAUAUUUUGAAAAUCUCAAA